AGCAGUAGCUCUCAAAGCGCUUAUGUAUUUUUUUAAAGCUAUUUUGGGUUAAGGGAGCUUGCUGUUCAUUGCCUCAUGGCUCGUACUAAGCAGACCGCUCGUAAGUCCACCGGCGGCAAGGCGCCCCGCAAGCAGCUGGCCACCAAGGCCGCCCGCAAAAGCGCCCCGGCCACCGGCGGCGUGAAGAAGCCUCACCGCUACCGGCCCGGCACCGUGGCGCUGCGGGAGAUCCGCCGCUACCAGAAGUCCACCGAGCUGCUGAUCCGCAAACUGCCCUUCCAGCGGCUGGUGCGGGAGAUCGCCCAGGACUUCAAGACGGACCUGCGGUUCCAGAGCUCGGCCGUCAUGGCCCUGCAAGAGGCGAGCGAGGCCUACCUGGUGGGGCUGUUCGAGGACACCAACCUGUGUGCCAUCCACGCCAAGAGGGUCACCAUCAUGCCCAAGGACAUUCACCUGGCCCGCCGUAUUCGCGGAGAGGGCUUAGGCUUUUUAGCCAUCCACUGUUUCACUGGGGUUUCGAGAAACAAGGUAGCCAGUAAGCAGCUGUCGUCCACUACCCCGUACCUCGUCCAUGUCGCAGCAGAAAAUCUGAUCAGUAUGACCGGAGGGCGACAAAGGUCCGUCCGUGAAGGUUAUAAGCCCGGCAGCUACAGUUGCUUCAUUAUAGCGCGGAAAGUUAAUCUUAUAGCCAUGUCUGGUCGUGGUAAGGGAGGAAAGGGCCUUGGAAAAGGUGGUGCCAAGAGGCACAGAAAGGUUCUCCGGGAUAAUAUCCAGGGUAUUACCAAGCCUGCUAUCCGCCGUUUGGCUCGUCGUGGCGGCGUGAAACGUAUCUCUGGGCUGAUCUACGAGGAGACCCGCGGGGUGCUCAAAGUUUUUCUUGAAAACGUGAUUCGCGACGCCGUCACCUACACGGAACACGCCAAGAGAAAGACCGUCACUGCCAUGGACGUGGUCUACGCGCUUAAGCGCCAGGGACGCACUCUCUACGGCUUCGGAGUAACGUGCUACCUCUUAGCCCUCCUGAUCAUGGCUCGUACAAAGCAGACUGCCCGCAAGUCCACUGGCGGCAAGGCGCCCCGCAAGCAGCUGGCCACCAAGGCCGCCCGCAAAAGCGCCCCGGCCACCGGUGGCGUGAAGAAGCCUCACCGCUACCGGCCCGGCACCGUGGCGCUGCGGGAGAUCCGCCGCUACCAGAAGUCCACCGAGCUGCUGAUCCGCAAACUGCCCUUCCAGCGGCUGGUGCGGGAGAUCGCCCAGGACUUCAAGACGGACCUGCGCUUCCAGAGCUCGGCCGUCAUGGCCCUGCAAGAGGCGAGCGAGGCCUACCUGGUGGGGCUGUUCGAGGACACCAACUUGUGCGCCAUCCACGCCAAGAGGGUCACCAUCAUGCCCAAAGACAUCCAGCUGGCCCGACGCAUCCGAGGCGAGAGGGCAUAA